AUGAUACGACCAACAUGUUUCAGAAUUUCAAAACGCACACUAUUCCAAUCAUAUACAGAGAUACCGAGAAAUUCAUACGUGGCUAAUAAAACUUAUCCACUUCUAAUAUGGAACAACUUGAUCCCAUACCAAUUGAAAUAUCUUAGUGGGUUGGGAGCAGGGGUAUUGACAUUCAUUAAUCUACAUCCACAAAUCUGGAUUACUUUGGGCCCGCCGAUUCUGAUAGCUGGAUACUACUUAAACAGAAAGAUUAAGCACAAUUUGUACGAGAAGAAUGCAAAUCAAAUUGUUGAUCGCACCACUGAAGAACAAGGUUCAAAGUAUCCCCCUGCUCAAGUGGUGAAGAUUUUGCCAUACGACGAAUCUCAGUUGUACAACAUCCAAGAGGAUAUUGAAAAUGAAUAUGAUUCCUUGAGGAGACAGAUUGUGGAUUUGGUAGGGAAACGGAUUGUUGAGCACAUCACCAGUAAUCCGAAUUCAGUUGAGGACAAUGAGAUUUUAUCGAGUUUCAUGAAGGACUCUCAGUUCAAUGUCCAUUUUUUUGAAAAUGAGUUUGAGAGCUGGGUCACAAGUCAAGCAAAGAUAUAUGAAACCAACAGAGAUGAUUGUACGCUACAGCGAUUUAUCAAAGCUCUGUUACCCUACUAUAGCGAAAGAAACGUACAAACGCGAAAGAGAUUGGGGGUAGUCUCAGUAUACAUGUUGAAAUUAGACGAGGAUAGUUGGGCUAUAUCUUUGGAAAUCUCACCAAUAGGGUGGAAAUCCAAAUCAACGUGGAUACGAGGAGUUUCUUCCAUGGAGAAUAUGGAAAGUGAAUUGUACAAAAAGUUCAAGAACGUCUAA